AUGCGUCUCGAUUUAGGUAUCGCAACUUGUAUUCUCGCCGCUUUGGUAAGCCUCGAAUUUUCAGUCUACUGUCUUUCCAGCAGAGUUUCAUUGUUUUAUCCUCAAAAGCUCUACGAUCAGCUGCCAUUCCAGCCAUAGAAUCUCUUUUUCAGACAGUGUCUGAAGGCGGAAGCCCGUACUAUCGAACACAUUCGAACUACGGAUCGGCAGGCAGGGUUCGUCAUUCACCAAACAAACCGAUCUAAUCCUCAAAAUUCCUACUCUCGUUGUGUCAAUUUCAAAAUAACAAAAAAGUGGAAGUGACUCAUAAAAACAGUUUACAGAGAAAAGUGAGGCAAGUGCAAAGAGAUCUUUCGUAUCGAUGGCCAAACAAUACGGUGCCGUACUUCGUGGGCAAUGUGACAAGUAAGACGGUUUCCCGUUGAGUCGGCAGUGCUGAUCAGUGCUCUUUUUGCAGGCAACAUCAAGAAAUCGGUGAGGAUGGCGAUCCAAGAGCUCACCGCGUGGACUUGCAUCCGAUUUGAGAGUGUUAACGAUGGAUACUCAGGUGGGUUCACAAUGUCAAUUUCUGCGAUCAAAUUGUACUCGAAUAGGCAAUCACAAGAAUCAAACGGAUCAUUGAGCGGUUUCUAAUCUAAAUAUACACUGUGUUUCCCGAAGAAGUCUGUCCGGCCAAACUUUGUUCCGCCGGUCGCUGUCCCUUUCUCUUUCUCAAACAGCUCGUGCUUUCAUCGCCGCCAUUCAUGUGAAACCGUGACAGCGGCAGAGAACUGUCCGAUCAGACACUUCCGAGAUCGUGAUUUCUCACAAUGUAAUGACGUUUUGGGAACAUUCUCUUUUGAAAAGACACCAUUGAACACUGGUGACGUCACAGAUCCUUGUGCUUUCUUUCACAGCUUCUUCUUUCCUCUCCUCCACAAAAUGAAUCAUUCGAAGUGUCACAAAAGAAGAAGCAGUUACAAUGAUUUUCAGCCGGCGACUCGGUGCGGAUCGCCGACCUGGGAUCGUGUUCUUCGCCCAUCGGACGUCAACAAAUUGGCGUGCAAGACGUGUCACUGACCAAAAACUGUUGGGGGGUCGGUGCGAAGUGCUAGGAGACCAUUGAACAUAUUUCCGUUUUCAGAUGGGCACGGCGAUCCACGAACUGAUGCAUGCACUCGGAAUAGAGCACACUCAAUCGAGAAGUGACAGAAAUAGUUAUCUGGAUAUUCUGGCGCAAAACAUUGAUGUGGGUCUUUGUGGAAGGGACGGAAGGGACGUGAAUCGUCUGAUUUCAGCAACGAGAUCUUCCAAACUUGAGUUGCUCUCUUCCCGUCUCUGGGCUAACCUCGUUCCAUACGAUUACGGCAGUGUCAUGCACUAUUCGGCCGAUUCGUUUUCGAACAAAGACGAUCAGCAGACGAUGCUCCCGAAAGAUCGGAAUUUCAUUGAAACGAUGGGAAGCCUGAUCCCGAAUUUCUACGAUUUCGACCAGAUCAACGAAUACUACCAGUGCUAUGAUUCGUGCAAAAACGCGGGUCAAGUUGCCAACUGUGCAAACGGAGGCAUUCCGAAUCCGAACAAUUGCCUGGUUUGCAACUGUCCAAUGGGAUACGGAGGAGACUUUUGUGACCAAAGAGUGAGUGAAUAAAAGGAUAAAUGAAAGAAAGGACCUCUGUUGUUUUGUAGCCAGAAGGGUGCGGAACGACACUUGUAGCCACGAGUAGGUGGCAGAAGCAGAAACUGACUGUGAAGUUCGACAAGAAAGACGAUCAGUACUUUACUUUCUGUAACUCUUGGAUUGUGGUGAGCAAAGCGUGGCACAUUGAAAUGAGCGAAUGUUUACAGGGUCCAACCAACAAAACGUUACAAGUGAUCUACGAGAUUACUUCUGAAUCCGCACGCCGUGAAAUUUGCUCUUUCGGGUGCUACGAGGGAGGAAUCGAAGUGAAACAUCUGGAAGAUCCGAGGAUUACGAAUGACCGGGAUUGCUGCCUGGAUUCUCCGUUGAAUGUGACCACGACAGUCAACCCACUUCCAGUCAUUCUGUACACUGCCGCGACGACAGUCACUUACGAGUUCACCUUCCGAUAUCUCUAA